UUUCACUUAAAAUCAGCCUGUUAAUUUAUGUAUGAUGUCGUCCUCAAACAGACAAACUGGGCCAAAAAUAUUUCCCAUGUGGCUCAGUAGAUAACAUCUAUAAUAUGUAGAAUAAAGACUUGAGAAACCUUGUCUCGACAGCAAUUAACACUGAUUUAUUUCCAGCCCUGCAAUCUGCAGAGCAAUUCAGACCACCUGAGUCUGCUGGUGAUAUAAAAACCUUCUUUCAUCCUGUGCAGAUGCUGUAGUUGUUACACUUUGGAGCAAUAAUGGCAUGUGGUAACAGCUCUGCUUGGCUUCUGGUUGCUGUGAUAGUAACAUGUGUCUAUGGUGUCUGGAGUCAUCUUUUCACUGACCAACAUGUUAGUGCUGCUGUUGUUAAACCAUCAGAUAUGUUUGGUCUCAAGAAGCCUGCAUUUGUCAAACGGGAGACCAAACGUAGGCCUUCUGUCCAAAUGGUAAUAUCCCAGCCAGCGUCUCCUGUUGUCUCGGAAGCUAAACCGGAGGUGAUGUCUGAGCAGCGAUGGCAACCGGUACCAGCAGAGAGCGUGUCUGUUCAGUGUAGUGAGACUGGGGUCCAUGUGGAGGUGAAGCAGGAUUUCCUGGGCAAUAACCAACCCAUCCAACUUGUCCAAUUUACUGACCUCACCCUGGGUGACUGUGAGGUGACAGGAGUGGACAUGGACAGUCAGCUGAUCAUCUUUGAUUCUGACCUCCAAGCAUGUGGUAGCCAGUUGACGAUGACCAAAGAUUUCCUCAUCUACACUUUUGCUCUAAGCUAUAAACCAUCAGCACUGCUCAACACGCCCAUAGUGAAGACCAACGAGGCUGUGGCAUUUAUCGAGUGCUACUAUGUGAGGAGGCAGAACGUGAGCAGUAAUGGCCUGGAGCCAACGUGGAUGCCCUACAGUUCCUCCAUAGGGGAAACAACAGGGCGUAUACACUUUUCGCUCUCACUGAUGACUGAGGACUGGGAGUCUGACAGGCCUUCACAUCAGUACUACUUGGGAAAUGCUAUAAAUAUUGAGGCAUCCAUCAAGUACAUCCACAUACCCCUCCGGGUCUUUGUGGAUCACUGUGUUGCCACCCCAGUACCUGAUGCAAAUGCUGAACCAAGUUACCACUUCAUACAAAACUUGGGGUGCUUUGUCGAUGCCAAAUUAACUGGAUCCAGCUCGCAGUUCUUACCUCGAUCCAGAGACAACAAGCUACGUAUUCGACUGGAGGCUUUCCGGUUCCACGAACAGCACGGGGACACGAUCUACAUAACAUGCCACAUGAGGGCACAGCCACUGUCUUCCACUUCAGUCUACAAGGCUUGCUCAUUCAUAGAUGGGUGGAGGUCUGCAGAUGGAAAUGAUGAGGUGUGCAGCUGUUGUGAGACCAGCUGCCAGAAUGUGCGGACAUCCAGAGACGUGUCCACAGCUGAUCCAGAGUUUGAAGGAGACCUAAUGCUCGGGCCCAUCAAGAUCAAGAAUUACAUGAUGCAGCUCAGCCUAAAUAAAAGUGUUUAGUGGA